CCCACAGAAGCUGCUGAUGGCAACUCGACCCUGGGUGGCGGGACGGGCACCAUGGGGCUGAGCGCCCGCUACGGCCCCCAGUUCACUCUGCAGCACGUCCCCGAUUACCGGCAGAACGUCUACAUCCCGGGCAGCACCGCCACCCUCACCAACGCCGCCAGCAAGCGCGACGCCAAGAGCGCCGCCUCCGCGGGAGGCAACAAGAAGAAAUCCGGGAAGAAGGAGAAGAAGUAG